AAUUACACAGCGACAACUUCGACGAUUCAUCACCACACUUCUGUCCGUCCCGGAAAGCCUAGAAACGCCUGGAAACCGCUAAACCUUGCCGGGCCGAAAACCAUGUAAAUAAUCUGUAAAAUCGCAGUUUUCUACCAAAAAUUAAGCCCGGGAAGCCCUAAAUUUGUUCCGGAAACGGCCACUGGAAAAUCAGAAAGUCCGCCGGGAAAUCACUUCCGGCCUGUAAGAUGCCUUCAAGUGCGGCCUGUAAGAGGCCGGAAAAUUUGGUGGAGGGUCUGAGCUCGAAGGAUCCAGGAACGAGGCUUAAGGCUUUGAGAGAUUUGAAGAACCAGAUUAUAGGAAACAGGACUAAGAAGCUGCGUUAUGUGAAAUUAGGUGCAGUUCCAUUGGUGAGUGAGAUGCUUGAAAGUGGCUCUGAGUCUGUGGUUCUAGUUCAGGCUAUUGCAACCCUAGGUAGCUUUGGUUGUGGUCUAGAUGCAGGGGUCGAGGCUAUAGUGAAGAGUGGUGCUCUUCCUUAUCUUUUCUCUACUCUUGCAAAUCCUGAUGAGAAGGUUGUGGAGGCUGGUGCACGAUCUCUAAGAAUGAUUUUUCAAUCAAAACUAACCCCCAAGUACAACAUUCUAGAGGAUAAAGAGAUGGAUUUUCUCUUCUCACUUCUUAAUAGCGAGAAUGAGACUGUAACAGAACUUGCUGCUAGUAUCAUUAUGCACUCGUGUGAAACUACUGAGGAGCAAAAAGCAUUAUGUGGUUCUGGGGUUUUAGAUAAACUUGCUCUUCUGCUUGAAGGCUCUUCAAAUCAAAGGGAUGCUAGCUUAGAUUCACUGGCAUCUGUUGUCAAGAACAAUAGGGAAGUUGUCUCAAAAUUUGUGGGUCUUCACAAUGGAAAAGUCUUGAGUUCUGUAAAUGGGUUAACAAAGGACAGAUCUCCUCGCACGAGAUUGCUUGCUUGCUCUUUAUUGAUAGCUUUAGGUCGGGCUUGUCCUAGCCAAUUGCAAGACAUAGAAAGUAAGGCUGAUUUGGUGAGGAUAUUAGUUGAGCUUGUCGAAGAGCCUGGCCGUGCUGGUGAUGAAGCUCCUAGAGCAUUGGGUGAUCUUAUAGAAAAGAGUGAAGAGGUGCAGAAACUUGCUUGUUCUGUCAAUGCUGUUGAAAAGCUUUGCAAGUUCUUGCAUAAAGGUUCAAUACAAGCCAAACCUCUCGCAGGAAUAUUACAUGCUUUGGCUGAGCUAUGCUCAAAUUUGGAGGAUAAUCGGCGUCUGUUCCUGUCAUUGCAGGGAUUGCCCUUGGUAGCUGAAAUGCUUAACCAUGAGUCUGUUGGAGUGCGUAUUGCAGCUUGUAUCUGCAUCAGAAACAUAUCCCGUUCUGUCAAGAACUUGAGUGAUGGUCUUACAGAUAAAAGCAUUGUUAUCCCUCUCAUUCAUCUCUUUGAUGAUCCAUCUAUUGAAGUACAGGUUGCAGCUCUUGGUGCCACUAGCAACAUUUUAGUUCAUUUUACCACUCACAAAUCAAUUGUCUUUGAAUGUGGAGGUGUUAAGCAACUUGUUAAGCUGUCCAGUUCGAUGGUUUCAGAGCUCAGAGUAAAUGCAGUCUCGGCUUUGAGGAACUUGAUGUUCCAGGCUGAUAAGAUGUGCAAAGAAAAUAUUAUGUUGGAGCUGACUAUAUCUACGUUGGCAAGCCUGAUAUGUGAUCCAGAACCAUUUGUCCAAGAACAUGCAUUGGUUCUUCUGCGUAAUCUUGUGAAUGGAAAUGUUGACUGUAUCAAUUAUGUGUUCGCAGAGGAUGGUCUCAUAAUAAAUGCUGUUACGAGGCAAGUAUGGAAUGCCUCCAGUGUUGGAAUCUGCAUUCAGGGGAUUUAUGUGCUCGCCAAUAUAGCGGCUGGUGAUGAGUUCCACAAGGAAGAGGUUAUGCGUAUUCUUUUUCCUCUUCCAGAGGAUGGGCGCAAUCAGUCCAUUUUGAUCAAAUUUUUGCAGGACAGCAGCUCCCCGAAACUGCGGGUUGCUACCCUCUGGUGUAUCAUAAACCUAUCUCAUCUGGAUAGUCCUGGUGCAGUUGAUCGGAUUGCUAGAAUACGUGGUGCGGGGAUAACUUGUGCAAUAAAGAUCAUGGUCAAUGAUCCUUGUUUGGAUGUAAAGUUUCGGGCAAAGAUGGCCAUGGAUCAACUUAUGGCUUCUGGGAAUUGAUGUCUAUCUUCAUUCACAGCCCAAAGUGUUGGGUCCUUCUUUGGGCGCAAUUGGUGACAACUGGCCAAAGUAAUCUCUGGGUUGAAGAACAGUGGUUUUCUUGGACUUGGUUUCUGCCCAUUGCACUUGCAAGCCUGGCCGCCUUUAACUUUCCUCGAAGACAACUGAGAAACUCAUGCAGGUUAAUGAUAUCAUGGAUCUUGGUUCCAUUUCAUGUUUUUACAACUAUAUUGGAUUCUGUUCGUUCAGCAGAAGUGCAGUCAAAGAGUAGUAAUUACUGAAGGUGCAUGCAUUUUCCCUGUAAAUUUAGUGUAUUGUAACAAUUUCAAAUUUAGGACACAAUAUGCAGUAUCGCUAAACUCUUCCCAUUGUAUGUAUUCAUGUGCUAUGGAUUGUUAAUAAGCUGGGAUGGGUAAUUUUGUUACAUUCACCUGGGUGCUGCUUUUCAAUUGAAGCUCAUAGAUAUAAAAUAGUGAAGACUUGUCACCUGAA